AUGAUGGGCUCCAUCGAAUCCGACUCUGUCCUCUCUUUCUUCAGUCAACAGUGUUUUCAGCACCCAGACAACACUGCUAUCGACGAUGGGCCAAACGGCAACCUUUCCUACAGCCAGCUCGACCAACAAUCUUCCACACUCGCCCAUUACCUACGGCAAAAUGGCAUCAAGACAGGCCAGGUGGUUCCGCUCCUAACAACCUCCCGUCUGGAAAUGGUCAUUGCGGUUUUGGGUAUCCUCAAAGCCGGUGGCGUCUAUGUGCCCGUUGAUAUUGAUCAAUGGCCUGCGGACCGCAUUAACUAUGUGUUGGGCCGUACAUGUUCGGGCCUUGUGGUCUAUACAGGUGACCAUAUCCCUUCCGGUAUUAAUCUCGAGGAAAAGUGUCGCAUUGUUCAGGUUCAGAUUCGGCUUGAAAAUGAACUCAAAGCACAAUAUGAGCCCAAUCCAAGGCCCCGGUUGAUGUGUAUCAUCUUCACCUCUGGCACUACCGACAAACCAAAAGGCGUCAUGGUUCCACAUACCUCCGUUGCUCGGUUUGUAACAUCACCGGGCUUCAACUAUGAUAUAGUGCCGGGAGACCGGGUCUUGUUGGUACUUUCGGUAGCAUUCGAUGCAUGCAUGGGUACCUUGUUCAACACGAUUUGUAACGGAGGAACAGUGAUCCUGGCCAACAGAUUAAACUUUCAGGAACGGUCUCGGCAAUGCACGGUCCUUGUCGUGACGCCGUCGAUUCUGGAUGUGUUGAGCCCUCCUCAAUCUCCAUCAGAUUACCCCCAACUUGAACGUAUUUUCCUUGGUGGAGAGACUCCGUCACAGCAAUUGCUAGAGGCAUGGUCAGCUUUCAACGAUGUGGCUCUGUGGAUUGCCUAUGGUCCGACCGAAGCUACCUGUGCAGUGUUGUGUGGUCGUCUACAAGCAUCCAGUGAGACUGGCCAAUUCCAUCCUACGAGGCUAGGGCACAGCAUCCCCGGCUCGAGUGUGCUAUUGCUCACCGAGAAAAUGGCAACAAUCCAAGAUAGCAACAUGGAAGGGGAAAUAUGCAUCGAAGGUCCAUGUUUGACGGAUGGGUAUUGGCAGGAUGAGGAACGCACGAAGGAUCGAUUCAUAGAAUAUCACGGACGACGUGUCUACCGCACCGGCGACCUCGGCCGAUUCGUGACCACUGAAGAUAACGAGACCGCCAUAGAAUUUUGUGGACGGCGUGAUAGGGUUACCAAAAUCCGAGGGUUUUUGGUUAAUCUAGAGUUGGACGUCGACGCUGGUCUUCGACGUCUUGAUCCGGACAUUACCGCCGUUUUCUCCGUUGUGCUCGAUAGAAAGCUAUGCACAGCAGUCGUGCCAUCCUCAGUUGAUUGUCGCAAUCUACAGGCAGCUUGGCGGCUGGUGGCCCCGCCCUACCUCGUGCCUGAUAAGGUGGUUGCCCUCGAUGACCUCCCGCUGACGGCAAACGGAAAAUUCGAUCCUCGGCAAGUUAUCAGCAUUUUGCGGGAUGCAUUGCAAAAAGAUGUGGCCAUGCAGAAUGGUACAUCGCACAAUAAUGGUGCCGCCAAUGAUCGAAAGCAGUACAACUGGCGUUCAGACCCUUUAACGAUUGACCAGACGAUCAUCAAAGGUCUUCAACAGGUCUUAGGAAUCUCUCAGGCCGAAAUCAAUAUGGAGGACUCUGCCGUGUUCCAGGGCGUGCAUUCAUUGGCUGCAGCUAAAUUGUCGACAUUUUGCCGGCACCAUGGAUACAAUGUCUCUGUUGAGAGCAUCCUCACGGAGCCAUCCCUUCACGCCUUAGUUGAGAAAAAUCGCCACGAGACAGAAAAUCGACCAGAUAGCUCCGCAUUCGCCACAAGAACACCGGAAGAAAGCUCUAUGCCUACCCAAGGACCAGUGACGCCCUUACAGAAGCGGAUGGUCCUCGACAGUAUAGUGGAAGAUCCUAGGGCUAAUUGCCCCCAGCAUAUCUCUUGGUAUAAGACGGAAGACAUUGGAAGGCUCCGAGAGGCCUGGAAAACGGUGGUAACCCAUGAGCCCAUUUUUCAGACUACUUUUGAGCUGGACGAGACACAAGAGCCAUCUCAGAGACUCAUCGGUGCUGGACUCUUCAUAUGGGAAGAGACAACCGUUACCACACACGCAGCCAUCAAAGAAAGCCUCAAAUCUCUCCCUGCUGCCACCGGUUUAGGGUCACGAUUCCGCGUGCUGCAUUGCGUCGGAUCGGAGUUCCCCCACAACGAGAGUAUGUUUGUAUGGGCGGUGCAUCAUGCGCUCAUUGACGGUUACUCUGCUUCACUGGUGUUCGAAAAGGUCGACAAAGCGCUGCAAAAUGAGCCCUUUGAAUCCUCCCAUCCUUUCAUGCUUGCAGCUCAGGAUAUUGCUCAAAUGCGGGAUAAACUAGCACCUGAGGUUGACCAUUUCUGGAAAGACCAAGAGGUACAGUAUCCUGGGGCAGCGGGUGAACCUCUCAUCCCGGACGCGUUGACGAACCAAAGCGGGGUGGACUUCGCUGAGCAUGUCGUGAACGUUGGUAUAGACAACCAACGCCUGCGCUUUGCGGCACAGCAGGCCCAGGCUACUCCGGCUGCCAUCUUCUAUGCAGCAUGGGCGUUGCUGCUAUCUAGUUACACGAAUUCAGACACGGUGAUCUUUGGGGCUGUAUUCUCCGGAAGAAAUCUUCCAUUCUCAUGGGCCCCGUGCAUGGUCGGGCCGCUGCUCAAUAUUCUGCCCUUGCGGUGCCGUAUCAAACGCGAUAUCGAAUCGGCCGGUUUUGUUCGCGAGAUUCACCAAACAAUCCAGGAUAUCUCUCGAUUUCAGGUUGCUGAUCGUCCAAAAGAUACACCACCGUUUGCGAGCACUUUGACCGUACAAGAUUCUGGUCUUCGGUCUGGGACUACUGCUAUCCCCUCGCUUCGCUCUCCAGAAGUCAGAGAGUCAAAUUUGCUUCCACUCACGGUUGUAGUCGAAACUGACGGCCAAAUCACCUUUCUGUAUCGCACAGAUCGGUUUUCUGAAAGCCACGUAAAGGACAUGGCAGCCAUUUACAUGAGCUUACUCGAUGCCUUUCUCGACCCGGGACGAAGUCUACAGCACUGUAUGGAUCGCCGGUUUCCAAUUGAAAUGAACCAGGCCAUACUGCAAACAGGAAAUAUCGAUUCUGAAGUCGCACGAGUUCCUUCUGUAGACGGGGGACACACUCUUUCCAGUCUCUUCGGUACGGUCGCUAGUCUGCACCCCACGCAUGUCGCAGUUCAAAAAGGGUCACAUUCAAUUACCUACGCUACCUUGGUCCAAUAUGCAGCUCGUGUAGCUGCAGUAAUUGAGAAAAGGACACAGCCGGGAGAAGUGGUAGCCAUCCUGGCCGAUAGAUCAAUCAAUUGGAUUGUCGGCAUCAUGGGGGCCACGGCUGCCAAUACAGUGUAUUGUCCGUUGGAUUCAUCAUAUCCGGCUGAGUAUCGAGAAGACCUGCUUCGGCGCAGCCAUGCCAAGUUAUUCCUGGUUCCCAGCAAGUCACAACUCCCGACAGCCGAUAGCGGAGUGGCAACCGUUUCCAUCGAAGACAUCCUAGCUAGCGAUAUAAAACCACUUUAUCCAUGGCGAAAGCAAACACCUAGCGAUGGAGCAUACAUUUGCUUCACGUCAGGCGUUCUUUGCCUGCAUCAAGGAGUGGUUUCGCUGCAAUCAUCCUCUGAGGAAGGACGACUGCAUAGUGAGCCUGGACGGCGUAUCGCUCAGUUCAUGUCAACUGGUUUCGAUGUCUGCGUUCAUGAGGUUUUCGCCAGUCUUUGCUACGGAGCCACACUAGUCUUGCGCAAGGACGAUGAUGACCCCUUUUCUCAUCUUGCUGAUGUGGAUGUGGUGUCCAUGAAUGCUACUGUUGCUGGUUCGCUAGAUCCUUCAGAGUAUCCUGAUUUGCACUAUGUUUACCUCGCUGGGGAGCCAAUCCCUCAAAGAACAGCAGACAAGUGGGCAGUAGGUCGGAAGCUGUACAAUGCAUACGGGCCUACAGAGGCCACCAUCAUCGUCACGAGGACACUACUCCAGGCAGGCAUUCCAGUUGCCAUCGGCGAACCAUUUCCUUCUGUAAGAGCAUACAUCCUUAACGACCGCAGGGAGCUUCAGCCGCCAAACACACUGGGCAAUCUCUUUGUCGCGGGGGUACAAGUGAGCCACGGCUAUCUCGACCUACCAGAGGCCACCGCCAAUUCAUACUUCCCUGAUCCUUUUCUUCCUGAAUCUUCUAACGAGCGCAUGUACGACACCGGUGAUAUUGGAUUCUGGGACACAGACGGGAAAAUCCAGUGCUGUGGCCGUAAGGACCGUCAGGUCAAAGUACGCGGGUUCCGUAUUAACCUCGACGGUAUCUCCAACAUGGCCACCCUCCGCAUGCCUACAAUUCGCCACGCUGCUGCUUUUGUCAAGGAUGGUGCAGUUGUAUUGUGCGUGGAACCGGAAGACGUGAAUACGGACGAGCUGCGGGCCCGAUUAAAGGAUGCUCUGCCUCCGCAUGCGAUCCCGCGGACCAUAUAUUCCAUUGCACAUAUUCCGUUAUCAUUGAACGGGAAAAUCGAUGUCAAGCAUUUGGCUGCUAUGGAAGUUCGCAACGACACGGCGCUUACCAAUGGAAUUACUAAGGCAAAUAAGCUGGAUUCAGCCCAACAAACGAGCAGCAAUGAUCUGAGUAAUGGUGUUUCCCAUGCCUCGAGCGAAGCGCACCUUGAGAAGCUUAUUAUUAAAGAGUGGCAACAGCUUCUCGGCCUCGAUCCAUCGCAACCACUUUCUAGGUCGGAUGACUUCGUCCUUCUCGGGGGAGAUUCCAUUCGACAACUCAACUUGGCGGCACGUCUCCGGUCGGUACUUGGGCUUCCAAUCAAGGUUAAGGACAUCAUCCGGUCAUCCACUUUGGGUGACUUGAUCACCCUAGUUGCGCAGCAGCAAGAGCAGCAGGGGAAGAAGAAUGUCCUUAACGGUACACCUGCUCACAAUUCCGUGGAUCGACCACUAGGAUAUAAGAAGCUCUCACCCCCAGAAAUGGAAUGGGCAUGUAAGUAUCGCCAUUCGCAAUCGCAGUCAACCUUCAAUGUGCCUUAUGUUGCACGGCUCUCGUCAGCAGUUGACUGGCAACGUCUCGCGAGCGCCUUAGAAACAGUCCUCAAUCGCCAUCGCGUGUUGAGAUCGCGAUUUGUUACGAAGGAUGGAACUGGCGAACGUGUUUUGUCUGAACGUCCGAUCAGUGUAAAUCGGACGGUGCAUGAUGUCGACAUUCAAGAGGUGAUCAACCGGCCCUUUGAGUUCGACAGCAGUGAAGCCCUUAUCCGCACGGUUAUAUCGCCAUCUACACUGGUUCUGUGUAUUUCGCAUAUCCUAUGUGAUCUAACUGCCAUAAACACGCUGUUAUAUGAAGUUGCAGCUACCUAUCGUGGAUUGGCCUUACCUCCGGUGGUGCGUGAGUACUUUGAUGUCACAUGGCACCAUACAGUCGACCCAGAGAAGCAACGAUUCUGGGCAGAGUACCUACAAGGUCUUAGUUUCAAGCAACCAGAUGAAGUCAAACAAGUCAAUGGAGUCAACGGCUGUGAUCACUCGAACGGUACGAAGAUUCGCAAACCACGCUCGUACCGGGGAACCUCACGGACAACGAGUCUGUCCGACAGUCUGUAUCGUCACCUUAUUAUAUCCUCGACCAAGAAUGGGUUCACAUUCCACCAGUUUGGCAUGGCCGUUGCCGGGCUCGUGCUGCAUUUUCUGACUGGUCGAGACGACAUUGUGCUUGGCUCCCCAUUUGUCAAUCGCCCUUCGUUCGAGGACCGACAGGUAAUCGGCUUAUUCCUGGAGCCAUUGCCUGUUCGUAUUUCCGUGAAGCACCAGAACGAGAAUGAUGGCGGACCUGGCGCUCGCGAGUUCGUGCAGAGCGUCCGACAAUCCUCACAAUCGGCGCUGGCACACAGCGUACCCUGGGCAGAAUUGAUGUCCCAUCUGGGGCUCCCUUUCCCCUCCGCACAACCUCAAGUCUUUUCCUGCUGCGUCACUUUCCAUGACGACCGGGGAACAGAUCCACCUCUGGCGAUAAAUGGCGUGGAGGGACAAUACAUUUCAGCGGAGGGAGCGAAGUUCCCCUUGUUGUUCGAGUGGCAGGCAACCAGGGCUACCGGUCAACAUGAGCAACUCACUGUGCGCCUUGAGUAUGAUACCGAUUGGCUUUCCGCGGAGUUUAUAGAGAUUCUCGAGGCACUGUUGCUGGAGUGCUUCCGGAUGUUGUUGGAGGAAGAGGGCAGCCGUCAUGGCGAAGUGAAAGGACGGUUGGGAGAGGUGCUUCAGAGCGAAGCCACUCGUAUCGGAGUUGCGGUGGAUGAGAUAUACGAGACGGCGCGACAGUAUCUAACGGUAAUAUAG